CCCUCACCCCCUCCCACGUUUUGCCCGUAGCCUUGCUACGGUUGUGCAUCAAAACAACCAGGUCGACUUUUAAAUCGAGACGCAUUACAACUCGAAGAAACUCGUGCGGGAAUACAGAUGUCGCUAUGGAAACCUAUCUCGCGGACGUUUUGUUAUCUAAGUUUGUGGCACCCCGCCAAAUGCUGAAAAGAUUAAAACUGUAAAGAUUAAAAUAUACUCAAAAGCCAGGAAUAGAGUAACAUAUGACACAGUUAUUUCUUUGGAAAAUUUUAAGACGCUUGACGCAUGAACGCUGCUGCUGCAGAAGCUUAUGAAUUAUUCAUUAAUCAGGACCGAUCCGCCAGUGUUCGGAUAUAUUUACAUACAAAUAAGCAGCUAAUGAAUUAUUAAUGGUCAUUUACUUUUCUUUGUUUUUUGUCGUUGAUUUUAACUUAUGGGAACAUGUUUUAUUCAUGACUAAUAAGGUAGCACACCUGCACAUUUAGUUGUCAAUAUAUAACGCCAUCUACAGGACAUGCAAUGUAAUGUUUGAUGGAUUAUUUGUCGGUAGUUCUUGCUGACAGAAUGCAAAUUCAAGUAGUUAGGCAAAUUUCCCUUAGAAAUAAAUACAUGCAAUAAAAUAUGAAAAUUAAUUAAAUCAGUUCAUGUUUUAAAAAUUUGUUUUCUUUUUUUAAAAGUAGCCUACUUGAUUCCCCCAAAUGAUUUAAAAAAAGAAAAUGAUUUUCUCACCGUCCUGUUGUUUCUUUCUUAUGGAAAAGUAAAGGUAGAGUUUAGUGAAAGGUGAAAGAUGAGCAGGAGCUGUCCAGCUCAAAAAAAAAAAAGACAAAAAGCACUUACUAUGCACUAUAUUCCAAAUCAUCUGAAUCCAUGCAACAGCUUUGUGUGAGGAAUAGGCCCAGAUUUAAAACAACUUUUAUUAUGCUUUUAUGAUGUAUUUUGUCAUUUUAGGAGCUUCCUCACUUUAAUAAAUUGGCAAAAAAUGAGAGAAAUUUCAUUAACUCUCUAAUUAAUCACACCACAAAGAGGUUAUCCUCUAAUUAAAUAAAGCAUUGACUUUUUAUUUUCAUAUAGUCUAAAUGAUAGAAACAAAAAGCACUCAGUAGAGGUAGGCUACUUAUAUUAUGUCAGUGUUAAUUUCAUUGUGAAAUGUAAAAAAAAAAAAAAAAAAUCCUACACAUGAACUUGGUUCUAAUGAAUGUGUAUUGAUUUGAUAAACUAUGCAAAGUCCUGUCUCUCUGGAGACAAACUCAUCGAGAACAGACUUUGCCCUACACAACCCAUAACAGGAAGCAGAGGGGUACCAGGCUGAAAGGUUUGUUGAGAGAUACAAUAUGAACAGAGAGCAGUCUCCCCCUCCGUAUAAUCCAUAUUACCCUCUGCAUUAUCCUAAUGCAACACAGGAUAACAUUGGGCAGCCCACCGCUGGCAUGAUGCCCCCUGCUGAGCAGCCCACCGCUGGCAUGAUGCCCCCCGCUGAGCAGCCCACCGCUGGCAUGAUGCCCCCUGUUGUUGAACAUGUCAAUAUGGGGAUUCCAGACAGCGCUCCGCCAGAAUACUCUCUGGGAUUUGAAGACGAGAACUGCUUUUCAGAUGCUACCAUAAGAAGAGGUUUCAUAAGAAAAGUGUAUCUGACACUUAUGGUUCAACUUUUAAUAACUGUUGGAAUCAUCUGUGCUUUUCUUUACUGGGAGACACUCAAGGAAUGGGUCAGAGACACAUACUGGUUUACCUACACUAUGAUGUGUGCAACGUUUGUUCUAAUCAUUGUGCUCAUCUGUUGUGGUGACAUACGUCGCAAAGUUCCCUUAAACUUCAUCUUCCUAGCACUAUUUACAAUCACAGAAGGCUUUCUCCUUGGAUCAGUGGUAGUGUACUAUUCAGCAGAGGCAGUGCUCUGGGCAGUGGGUGCAACUGCUCUGGUGUCUCUUGCAAUGAGUUUGUUUUCACUGCAGUCAAAAUGGGACUUCACAGCUCUGUCAGGGAGCAUAUGGGUAUUAUGCUGGACGCUGUUUACAUUUGCAUUACUCUGUGCAAUUCUGAGAUCACAGUAUUUGUACAUCCUUUACGCAUCACUGGGAACUUUGAUCUUCUCUGUGUACCUGGUUAUGGACACGCAGCUCAUACUGGGUGGGAAGCACAAAUACAGUAUCAAUCCAGAAGAGUACAUCUUUGCUGCUCUGAACUUGUACCUUGAUAUUAUCACAAUUUUCUUAUUAUUGCUUCAAUCAAUUGGAUUUUGUCGUUGAUGUGGUUUAUGAACAUCAUGAUUGCUGCCCCACUCAACACCUGUCUCAUGUAGACUAUUAGGAUUUGAGACACAUUUUUACUCCAUUUUUUACAAAUACUCCAUAUUUGUAAAACAUACUCAAUUUGUUUUUUGUUUAAUAGUAAAAUAGCUAUUACAUUAAGUAAAAUUGCUAUUAUAUAGAUACAUAGAUAAGUAAAUAAAGGAAAAUGUCAUAUAUAUAUGGGAUAUGAAUAAACUCUGGGUUUUGAGACACAUUUUUACCACCAUUACUUAAUUUAAAACAUAACUCCAUUGUGUCUGUAAGAUGUUGUAAUACAUGUUCGCUGUCAUGUCACUGUACUUUAAGUGAAAUUUAAUAAAG